AUGGAUGCUACCCCACGCAAACAACGCCUCACGACCCCAUGUCGAGAUAACCUACUCCGUUCGCCCGCCCUGUCCCUCGCGUCUGAUAUCAAAACCAACGACGGAGCCGACACGAUGCUGGCGCUCGCCAUCCUGCCCGCGCUCGCCGCGGUCGUCGCCGCCACCACCACCACCGCCGCCGACCUCGACCACGCGGCGCUUCCCUCCUACCACUACGGCGCCGCCAUCCCGAUUGAGUGCAUGAACCGCAGCUCAGAAACCGGCGAGCACAUUGAAGACAGCAACCACCAGCUGCAAUGGAUCCCCUUUCCCGUGUGCAAGGAAACCAGUAAACCCCUCGAGUUCGGCUACGGCAUCGAGGGCGAGGUCAACUGCACCAUCCCCAUCUCGCACGAAUUCUUCCACCUCCUCGAGUUCUACAUCCACAGCGACGCGCCCCUGUCGUGCCGGCUGCCGGCGCGCCCGCCCGCCGCCGUCAGCAUCAUCGGCGAGGCGCCGCCCGCGCAGGAGCACAUCCCGCUCGUCUUCGCCCUCGCCGGCACGCUGCAGCUCAGCCACAUGCACGUCUCGACGCACAUGAACGUGCUGCUGCACUCGGUCCCCAAGCACCACGUCCACCACCACGACAGCGGCGUCCUCGACUCGGCCAUCUCCUACAGCACCAGCCCCCUCUCCCACAUGGAGGGCUCGGCGUCGACCAAGCUCACCAUCGGCGAGCCGCUGCCGCUGCGCUUCUCGGUCCGCUGGUUCCCCACGCCGCACCUGCCGCACUCCGAGGGCCGCGUCGAGUGGCAGGGCCUCGGCGGGCACAUCUACGCCAGCACCUUUUUCUACAGCCUCGUCUCGUUCAUCGCGGGCGGCCUGGUCGCGGCCAUGUACACCCUGGGCAUCGUUCUGCCGAGGCGGCUGAAGAAUCGUGCGCUGGGCGGCGCGACGCCACUGGGCCAUGGCCUCGGCAACGGCUGGGGAUACUCGAAGCGCGUGGAUUAA